AUGUCCAACGUUGUUGCCGUCGUCAGCCCUGCGGCACUGAUACCAGGGCCGCCCGGGUAUGAGGCCCAGCGCACCGCGAUCCUCGAAGAGUUUGGUGCCAAGGUCCCUGAGGCACUGCGUCUACCCCAAGGGCUGAUCAGCAAUCCUCCCAAGAACGUCACGGCCGUUCCUCGAGAAUGCGGCAUCCUGUCGCCAGGAGAGGUAGAGAUUACGGAGACCUACGAUGCCACGGCGCUGGCCGCGGCCAUUGCUUCGAAGAAACUCACCGCCGUGGCCGUCGCAACAGCGUUUGCCAAACGCGCCAUCAUCGCACACCAGCUCACCUGUUGCCUGACGGAUUGGUUCAUGGAUGAGGCCAUUGAGCGAGCCAAGACUCUGGAUGAGCAUCUCGCAUUGACAGGCAAGACCGUGGGCCCGCUCCACGGCGUACCGAUUAGCCUCAAGGAGCACAUGCCUGUCGCCGGUCACUACUCGAGCACCGGUUUCCUCGACACACGGGUCAUGAACCGCGAGGACUGUCAUAUGAUGGGCAUACUGCGAGCCGCCGGGGCCGUCUUCUACUGCAAGACCAACCAGCCGCAAGCCAUCAUGCAUCUGGAGAGCACUUCGUUCUUCGGCCGCGUCCUCAACCCCUACAACAUCGGUCUUUCGGCCGGCGGCUCGACCGGUGGUGAGGCAGCGCUCGUCGCCAUGAGGGGGUCAGUCCUCGGAGUUGGAACUGACAUAGGCGGUAGCGUGCGCGGCCCUGCGGGCUUCUGUGGCAUCUACGGCUUUAAGCCCACGUCGUACACGCUGCCCAUGAAGGAUUUCCUCGCGGGCGGAUUCCCGGCGGAACUCAAUGUGUUGUGCUCAACGGGACCCAUGUGCAAUUCGCUGCGGGACAUGGACCUCUUUAUGCGUGUCGUGCUGGCUGCGAAGCCGUACUUGACGGACCCCAGGCUGAUUCCGAUUCCAUGGAUGGGCACCAAUUCACCCGCGAGACCGGAGCCCAUCAAAAUUGGCAUCCUGAUGAAUGACGGGGUUAUCACGCCGCAGCCGCCCGUCAUCAAAGCCCUUGAGUGGGCUCGAGAGAAGCUCGAAGCGUCCGGUGCCUUCACCGUCAAACCGUUCGCUCCUUACCGCACUGCAGAGGCCAUUAAGAAUGUACGACGGGCGUAUUGGCCGGAUGGCGGCGCGGGGGUGCGAGCGCAUCUUGCGCACACGGGCGAGCCGAUGCAGCCACUGACCGAGUGGGUGCUCAAGGCGGCCGCGGGCCCUGACGUCGGGUCGUCGGGUGUCCAUGAGAUGCGCGUAGCGCGCGACGCGUUCCGGUGCGACUUUGCGGAGCACUGGCAGGCGCAGGAUGUUGACGUGGUGCUGUGUCCAGUCUUCGUCGGGCCAGCGUGCGAGCACGAGACGUCCUGGUACUGGAACUACACGGCGUUCUGGAACUACGUCGACUACCCCGGUGCAGUCUUCCCGACGAUGAUCAAGGCGGGCAAGAAGGGCAGUGAGGCCUACGCUCCCGAGGUGGCGUCGCCAUUGAGCGACGAGGACAAGCACGUACGGCGACUUUGGGAUAACGGCGACUUUGAGGGCGCGCCCAUCAACCUGCAGGUCGUCGCUCGCAAGUACCACGACAAUGAUCUGUUUGCGGCACUGGCAGCAAUGCAGCCGGUGCUGGAGAUAUAG